AUGGGGUAUUCUGCAACGGAAGUAAGUGGAAAUGACCAGGCUACAGCUCGGCCCCAUUGGGGUUCUUUUUCAGAUGCUUCCUCUUUCGUUUCUGAUGAUCCGAAAGGUGGUUUGUUCGGAUUAACAACAGGACAGGAGCUCGAUCUUUUCAGGUCUAGGGUGGCCUCCGGCAAGAAUGGGCAGUAUGCUCCCCAAAGGGGGGGGCAAGGAGGCUCGCAUUCAUCUUCCUUUUUAAGGAUAGUUGCUCUUGCCUCCGUCUUAGCAUUUGUGUUCCUAGUCUCCCUCUGCAUAGAAGUGCAGAAGAGAAUUCCUGGCCGUCGGCUGUCCGCUCAAGAUGAAGGGACCCCCCAGCACGCUGCACUCCAGUCCUGUGGUCAGGACACGCAGGGGUCCCCUGAAGCGACCGCUGACGGUCAUUCCGAAGGCCUUGUCGGGGCACCACAUGAAAUUUCCCCUGAGAGGCCUCCUGGCGGGCAUCCUGAGCAGCAGCUUGAAGAGACGUUGGAACGGCUCGAUCACAGCUCAUUACAUACAAGAACUUCUGCAGAGGGCCCUAACGAGACCACUUUGACAGAGCCUCAAGGCACUGGAGACCGAAAUGUAUGGAGUAAAGACGGGUUCGUUGGUAUUGAUGCCCCUCACCAGAGCCUUCAGAGUCCAGCGGAGGCGGGCAGCAGGCAAGGACGUAAACGCAGCAGAAGCACAAGCAGAGGAGGAAGCGUUAGUAGCGACACAGAGGUAAAGAGAGCGAAACAGACUCUUCGGCCCUCGGAAGAAGGAGACACAGCAUCGCAGCAAGCCCAGCUGCAGGGCGAGCAGGAGCAGGAGCAACAGAAACAGCAGAAGCAGAAGCAGGAGCACGAUGCGCAUUUACAGAUCACUGGUGAAGGUGUGAAGCAACAAGAUUUGCUAUUCGAAGGGCGAGUUUCUCCGGACCGUAGCUCAUCUUCUCCAAAGGCAUUUGACUCUAAGACUUCUGGUGCAUCCGCUUCUACCCCAGGUGAUGAAUCCCAAAAAUUGCUGGUGGAGCGGGAUAUAGAUGUUAUCAACGCGGCGAGAACGCUACUGCAGAUGACGAAGCAUCGGGAAGAGGCAAAGACAUGUCAGCACAAGCAGCACAUCACCGAAGCCUUCCCAGUUGAUGCUGCUACCCCAGAACAGCGGCAGCAUUGCCAACACCAGCACCAAGAUGAAGAGCAACGCAAUAAUCAGAAGCAGCGCCAGCAGGAUAAUAUUGGAGAACAGGCACUGCUACCGCAUCCACAGCCCCUACUUGAGAGCCUGAAGCCGGAGGACAUGCCGCAGGAUCACUGGGAUCUACUGCAGUUGUUGUUGCAGCAGCAAAAACAAAUACAGCAGCAGUUGCAGUGCCAACUGCGCCGACAAAGGCGCCAAGUCCGAAACUUACAAAAGCUAUUAGAGGGGCCAAAGCUGGAGCAGCCGCAGCAGCCGACAGAGCCGCAGCAACAGCAACAAGAAGACCUGCAGCAGGUGCAGCGCGAGCUGCAGGUGGUACAGCAGCAGCUACAGCUCCACCAGUCGCAACUGGAGCUGCAGGAGCUGCUUCAGCAGCAGGCAUACGAACAGCUUCAACAGCAGCAGCAGAAGGUGCAGCAGCAACAGCAACAGCUACAAGAGCAGCAGCAACAGCUGCAACUGCAACAGCAACAAUUACAACGGCAGCAACAGCAGUUGCAAGAGCUGAAACAAGGAGACAAGCAGCAGCAGCCACAGCAGACUGAGCUGCAAACUCAGCAGCAGAUACAGCAGCAGCAAACUCAGCAGCAGCUAAGGAGAUCGCCACAGCUGCAGCAGCCACACCCGCACGCGGAUACGGGGAAGGAGGAAUCUCCCCAAGUGCAGGCCGGGAAACGAGCAAUUUGGAGCCAGGAAAGGCAACAAGGAAAGGAACAAGAGGAGCGGAAGAAGCAAGAACAAAAGGGUGGCAAUCUUCACGGAGGGGAUUCACAUGCUGUUGCGAAUUCCUCGGGAGAAUCACUGUCAGCUGCUGGAAGAUCAUCUCCACAACGAGCACAGGGGGCAACCACUGGAGCAGCAGUAGCUGGAACGCUAUCGUCGACACGCAUUAGUGGAGAAGCAUCGACCACGGAAGACCUGCGGAGGCAUCCAUUUGCGCGCUUGCCUGCUCCAUUGCCUGGGCCUAUGCGGCCUCUUCACGUUGUUGACGGGGACCCAAAUAUUAUUUACGGAACUCGUUGGGCUGCGCCUCUGCUGCAGCGGGCGCAGAACGUCUUAUGGGCGGAAAGGAUUAGUGCUGAGGGGCUGCACCAGCUCAAGCUCGUUGCUCAGAAACUGGCAAUGCACUUGUUGUAUUUUCAGAAGGAACGGCUGGUAGGUCUCAACCCCUCUGCGGUGCUGCCGCGUCUGGGCGUCCGCUUCCUCGCCUUUGAUGUUAUUGUCUGUACAUUGCAACUGCUGGGGCAGUCCGCCACUGUCCCCUGGUUCAGGCGGCUCGCAAAUGCUGUACCAAAUGAUUGGGGUGUAAUCAGAGAUGCUAAGGUGAAUUCCCCUCAGGCAAACUUCAACAUGGUGCUCGUCGAGGACCUCGUCAGAGCCGUUGAGCUGCUCAAGCAGGGCACUCGGCCUUCUCCAGAACAACUAGUUGAAAUUAAACGCAGACUAUUCUGUUCCGAAUACUCGCCCAAGUCUUUCCUCUCAAGCACCUACACACAGUGGAGAGUACAGUACGCCCUUUUCACAACGAAACACCAACAUCGCCGCAUUCCACAAGGACACACAAAAUUUCCAACAUACAGACUGGGAAGCGGGCAACAGGAAGACGAUUGGAUAAUUGCCGACGGGGAGCCGAGCCUACAACAACAGGCGGAGCCACAGCAGCAUCGGCAGCAGCACCGACCGGACCAUUCCUCUCUUGAGCAACAAAGGAGGGACGAAAUCCACGAAUCCACACUGGACGAACAUACAGAAGGCGACUAUGAUGAAGAUGAGGAAGAGGAGGACCGAGGCAACAUGAUCAAGAGGAGAGAGAGUCGCUAG